AUGGCGAAAACUUUACCGCUAAUUUUGUGUACGUACUUAACGUCGGUAAUUAUCUUGGCCGAACCAUUUCAGAAAAUCUGUUGGGACAAGUUGAAAAACAAAACUUUUGACAGAAGGCCCGACGAAAACGUGUUCAUGUUCACAAGUGAAGCUAGAACCGUCCAUGAUUGCAAAAAGAAAUGCAUUCUGAACGAAGCUGAAUGCGAGUACGUUAUAUUUCAAACCAGGCAAUCCAUCUGUUUCUUCCAAAUAAACAGCAGUGCAGUUCUCAAUUUGCAGGUAAACCCCAACUUCAAUGUCUACCAUAAAAAGGAUUGUAGCAAAAAAGUUGAAAAUGGAAAAGUUGAAGGUGAAAAAGAAGAAACAAGCAAAGAAAAGAUAGAUCGAGAUCUGGACAAGAGCGUGGUGAAACACUUAGAGUGCAUCUCUGAAGUGUUUGAAAAUGUGGCCAAGAGUUUUGCAGACAUAGGAGGUAACCUUGCGUCCGCGGCCAAAGAACUCAGUGUGGUAGCAAGUAAGUUUGAAGUUAUCGGGGAUUGA